GACGCGCCGCAGCUCCGCGCCCGCUGAACACCUGUCAGCCCGCGGAGCCUGAUUUAUACCUGGCCUCUCCGCUGGGAUUUCCCCCUCGUUCCACUUCUUCUGCCUUUUUUUUUUUUUUUUUUUUCUUUUCCCUCUCGCCUCCCCCCUCCCUUCUUGGAGCGUUGUGGAAGAGAGUGUUUUCUUCAGGGUAUUAAGCUGAGAAUACAGAGGAGGAGAGGCUCAGACCUUUACCUCACUGCCUCAUUUUCCCUUCCAUGUGAACAUUCUGCAACGUUUCCUUCAUCCUGUCGCACCUCUCACCUGGCCAGCGCUGUCCGGACCAUGUCCGCUAAGCUCCUGCCGGUUUUCUUCCUCCUCUCAGUGUUCCACGCUUGUUCUAGAAAGGUUGAAGAUGAUGAAUAUGAAGAUGGAACAACUAACCAAAACUGGGUUUUAGCUCCAAAAACACAAGAUACAGAUGUGACUCUCAUACUAAACAAGCUGUUGAGAGAGUAUGACAAAAAGCUGCGGCCAGAUAUUGGAAUAAAACCGACAGUUAUUGAUGUUGACAUUUACGUUAACAGCAUUGGUCCUGUGUCAUCAAUAAAUAUGGAAUAUCAAAUUGAUAUAUUUUUUGCCCAGACGUGGACAGACAGCCGUCUUCGUUUCAACAGCACCAUGAAGAUACUGACUCUGAACAGCAACAUGGUUGGCUUGAUCUGGAUCCCAGACACGAUAUUUCGUAACUCAAAGACAGCAGAGGCCCACUGGAUCACCACCCCCAACCAGCUCCUCCGCAUAUGGAAUGAUGGCAAGAUCUUGUACACCCUCAGGCUUACCAUCAACGCUGAGUGCCAGCUGCAGCUGCACAACUUCCCCAUGGAUGAACACUCCUGUCCUCUGAUAUUCUCCAGCUAUGGCUAUCCUAAAGAGGAGAUGAUUUACAGAUGGAGGAAAAAUUCAGUGGAGGCUGCUGACCAGAAAUCUUGGAGACUCUAUCAGUUUGACUUUAUGGGUCUCAGAAAUACUUCAGAAAUUGUGAAAACUUCUGCAGGUGAUUAUGUAGUCAUGACUAUAUACUUCGACUUAAGUAGAAGAAUGGGAUACUUCACUAUACAAACAUACAUUCCCUGUAUAUUAACAGUUGUUCUUUCCUGGGUAUCCUUUUGGAUCAAAAAAGAUGCCACACCAGCAAGAACAGCAUUAGGCAUCACCACGGUGUUGACCAUGACAACUUUGAGUACCAUUGCAAGAAAGUCAUUGCCCCGUGUCUCCUAUGUCACUGCCAUGGAUUUGUUUGUGACUGUAUGCUUUCUAUUUGUAUUUGCUGCUCUGAUGGAGUAUGCCACCCUCAACUACUACUCAAGUUGCAGGAAACCAAACUGUACUAAGAAGAAAAAGUCGCUACCUGAUGUAAGUUUUGGUCAUGUAAUGAAUUAUUCUGUACUUGAUAUGAGACCACCAACUACAGUCAUCACACUGAACAAUGCCAUGUAUUGGCAAGAUUUUGAAGAUGCGUGUGUCUAUGAAUGUCUGGAUGGGAAAGACUGUCAGAGCUUUUUCUGUUGUUAUGAAGAGUGUAAAUCAGGCUCGUGGAGGAGAGGACGGAUUCACAUAGACAUCUUAGAACUGGACUCUUACUCUAGGGUCUUUUUCCCUACAUCCUUCCUGCUGUUUAACCUGGUCUACUGGGUUGGAUACCUCUAUCUUUAAAUGUUGCCUGUAGCAGUGAAGACUGCUGUGUUUUCUCACUGCGGACGGAUGCUGAAAGUGCAGAAAAAGUGAAGGACACAGUCAGUUUCAUCUCCAAUUUAAAAGACCACAUUAACUUUUACCAUCACAGAGCCCGAUGAAGAAUUUUAACAUGUAAUUUCUUGAAAAAGAAAAACAUGGAAGAGUUCUCUCCUAACUGCUAUUUGUUUUAAGAAAAAGGUUCUUACAAAGUUCUGCUGAAUUUGUAGUGUAAGCGAUGUUUAUGAAUAAUUAUUGUAUAUUAAAAUCUCUACUAUUGUCCCUUACCUUAGGAGCUAUUCACAAUUCAGGCAAAGUUUAAAUAUGUAAUUUUUAUUUUUCAUUCUCAUACUUUCUUCAAAAUGCUGCCAUCUCCCUAAGGCUCAGAGAAAUGUACACUGGCACUAGCAAAUAAGCCAAAGCUGAUGAAAAUGCUCUUUUGUAUUUAAAUUUGCUUGAUACCACAGGUUUUGGGAAACUGACAAUCUCCUUGAUAUGGAAUAACCACCAACAGACACUAAGAAAUGUCUGGCAGGAUCAAAACGUGGACAUGACUUUCUGCAGAGGUCUGAGGUUCAUUGAAUUAGCCACUUACCCACACAUACUGGUUUUAACUUAGAGGUGAAAAGGCAGACAGAGAAGAAAGCUAUCAUUUGGAUAUAAAUAAGACUUGCCUAUCUGUGAGGCAGCUGUAGGCAUAACUUCUACAGUUUUUCAAGCUUUUAACUGUGUUUUCUACGACUCAUUAAACACAGGAUGGUCAUUGAUUUCCAAAGUACUGUACUUGAGGCAGGACAAGAUUCCUCUUGUUUGUGUCAUUGUAGCAGUUCACAGUGCAUAGCCCAUGAGUAAAAAUUAUAAUAGCACCAGGAAUAUGUGACUUUCUUCAGAUUUCAAUCUGCUAAAAAAGUGUUUUCAUGCAUUCUUAUUUUUUCUCUCAAAGUUGUAUUAUAAAAUUGAAAAACAGGUGUGCCAAAGGCCUUUUUUUUUCUUUUCAUAACAUCAAACACUGCAAUAUUUACUCACAGUAGUUGUUCCCUGUGCCUGACCUAAAGACUGAACACUUGUGGCUUGAAUAGUGCAUUACAGGAACUCAAUUGUGACACUUGGAUUAAACAUGAAAUAGCUGCCACAUGUAGAAAGAGGUUCUUUUCAUUCUUUUCCAAAAUUUUCAACUAUAUUUUACACUAAAAAACAAUUUUGUAUUUUUCAAGGUAUUGACCAUUGAAUUCUACUACCCAUUUUUUCAAAAACUACUUUUACAGUAUUGAACUAAGUGAUGUCUUUUACAGGCUGUCUACAUAAUUGUUAUUAAGCAAACAAAAUACAUCCAGAAUUAAAUAGCAAUAGCUUUUCACUACCCUUUGCAUGGCAAAUUGUUGCAAAAGAUUGAAGUUAAAAGAUAAUUAAAACAACAAUUCUAUUUCUUUUUCCUUUUGGAGAUAAUUUUUUAUGAACUCAAAAAAUGUGUGUCUCUUCCAGGCAGUAUUUGAUGAAAAAAUGAAUAGUGGAUGUGACUUGAAAGGAGUUCCUUUUUCCUCCAAAGGAAAACCCUGCAAACAAGCAAAAGCUAAUGCAACAGUACUUCUAAAGGAACAGAAAUGCUGUCAUGUUCUUUGAAACAUCACUGUCUCUCAUUGCUGUUGCUGUGUUCUUCUACUGAGUUUUAAUAGGGGGCGGAAAAAUUAACCCAAAAGUUAAUUUUAAUUUUUCAAAAUCUUUCUUCUGUUUUUAACUUGUCUCAAAUAUCUGAAACCUAGUUGUGUUUAGGUUGUGGAAGCGAAUUACUUCUGUAAGGACUGAAAAAAUUCAAAUUAGAAGCACAGAAAAGAAAUAUUUUGAGGCAGAAUCAAAGCCUUAUUUUUAGAAAGAUCUGCCCAAUCUGAUGUCUUCUAAACCAAUGAUAACCUUCUGAUUUCAAAAUACAUGUUGAAAAUUUUGCUAACUCUAAUUAGCAGAUUAACUGCUCUGUAAACCUGUGUCCUGCACUCGGAGGUAUAGACUUAAUUUGAGGAUGACAGUGAUAUUUUAAGUAGUGCAAGAAGGUGAUUAAACUUGAGUUGGAUAUCCUGAUCUCUAAUUAUUAAUUAUUAAUUAUUCUACUCUAAUAGUCACCUUCAGCCAUAUUUUGGAAGAAUACUAGAAAUAUUCCAAUAAUGGAAACCAUUUUCCUUUAGGGGGGUGAUCCUGCAAACCCUCUGCACAAUCAGUUGAUUUUGGUGGUAGUAUUGAGACAAAUGAUGCGCAAUCAGGUGCCUUCCACCAUUAGAUCUUGAACAGGUAAAGUGAUGUUUAUUUAACAAUUCCAUGCUGUGUGAGUUUUCUGGGAAGUGGAACAUUCCUGUGUUAGAUGAUGAGCGUAUGCUUUUCUUGCACUUGUGGCUGCUCAGGAGCCCUGCUGAAAGCAGACAAUCCCAGCAGAUCCUUCUUUGAAAGACUGGUUCUGCUAAGUCCAUUCAUAUUGACAAUUUUUCUGACUUUUUCCACAAACAGAAGAUGGAAGCAAAUAAUUCCAAUUUUUCCACUGUCCUAAAUCAAGAAAGAAGCUUCAGACACUACUGCCUUCUUCUCUUACAGUGAGAGCAGAGGACAUAUUUUACCGUGUAAUUUUUUCUGAUUUGGGGUUAUCAAAAAUUGAUUUUUAUGGAAGGCUGGCAGGUUCCUGAAUGCAUUCCUCUGCUUGUUCCCAGAAACUUGGCUUACUCUCACUGCUUUACUGCUCUGUGCUUUGGCAGGCGCUGAGAAACCUUAGAGAUGAGGGAAGAGGGGCUUUCUAUGAUCUGCAUCAUUUAAAAUUGUGGCCAUUAUGUUCUGCACACAUCUAUGUGCCAUAUCCUUCUGUAGGAGUGAGAACAUCCUCAUUCACCUUCAGAUAUUCUUUUGCUUCUUUUGCAAAUUGGCAAAAGUUAACAUUUUGGUGUGCUGUCCCAUGAGAAAUGUAAGAACUGUAUUUUAGCAUUCUAGAAUAUGUUCUUAUCAUAUAAUUUCAUAUUCUUAUCAUAUAAUUUCAUACUAGAGACUUGCAUUUAUUCAACUACUUCUUUUUACCCUUCCAAGGAAGGGAACAGAGGAAGGAAAAACCAAAUGAACAGUGAAAUGAACACAUGUGGCUAUGUAAAACCUCAAAACCAAGUAUCUUCACAUUACAUUUGUUCCUUAUCAAAGCUGCAGAAGGGAUUGUGAGUUUUUUAAAUAAUCACCUUUUUUUCCCAGGACGAUUUAAAGUCAGUCCUCUUAUUCUCACCUUCAAUUAAAAAUUCUUGGGCAUAAUUUGUCUUUAUUGAGGGCAGCAUUUCCAAGGCAACUAAGAAUGUAUAAAUAAUAUUGGUCUGCUUAAUUCAGUCUUCUCUGUUUUCCUGGCUCUGAUUCAUAGCAUAUUGACAGCUCCUUUUUUUUACAGCCACUCUUCCAAUAAUAAAGAAAAAAAAAACUUGUAGCCAGUUUUUGCUCUCUCAAUGUCCAGCAGUAAUGGGGAACUGCAGUGUCACACAAUUUUAAUAUAACUUUCUAAACAAAAAAGUAGGGGUGUAGUUUAAAACACAUCAGGCAUUUUGAUAACCUUCUCUUUCUCAUGUUCUCCUUAAUCAACUCUCAACUGUGUAUUGCUAUUUUGUGCAUACCAAUAAAAAUGAUAAAAAUUACAAAAGCCAGAACUGCCUUCACAGAGACAGUGAUGAGUAGUGAAGCUAAAAGAAGAAAAAGAAAUUAUUUUUUAUUGCUGUGCAGCUCUUAUCUGUUACAAUCCUCUUAUUCAAUUUAACCCACAGCUAAUUCCAAGUCAUCCACCUGGAGGUUUGCACAUUCAUCAGCUGGAACAGCAGUGACACAUGAGCCUUUAACUGAUAGGAAAUUAUUUCUGGAACUGCAGGCAUACUGCCAAAUAACUCAGACAGAUAGCUAUCUUAAACACUUCUGCAGCUCUAAUAUGUCUUGGUGUCUAGCAUCUCACGUUAUUUCAUGAAUUUAUCACCAUGAAUUAUCUUCUUACUAGGUCAUUUCAUGAAGGGAAGGCUGUUUACCUCCUUUUUAUACAAAAUUUCGCCGUAUAUCUGAUAAAACGACUCUCCUACAUGACUGGAUGCCAGGUAGCUCUGGAACUGCUGACAGACUUUGUGGGAAGGAAGAUUCAAUAUUUUAAGACAGACAGAUUUCACAGAGUCACAGAAUCAAAUAGGUUGGAAAAGACCUUGGAAAUCAUCAAGUCCAGCCUAUGACCUAACACCACCUCAUUAACUAAAGCAUAGCACUAAGUGCCAUUCCAGUCUUUUUUUAAACACCUCCAGGGACUGUUUCAUUAGCCUCACCACCUGGAGGGUUGGUGUCACCUUCUAAUCUGUAAAACAAAGUGCCCACUGAAACUUGUAAAAGCUGUCCAUAACAAAUUGUUCUUUUUCAAUUGGCUGCUCUUUCCUGGUUUCCAUAUAAUGCAGUAAGAAAAGGCCAGCCAUAUCUCAUAAUAUUAGAUAGCUACACAGGCAGAUUAUUUUUUUUCAAGGUAUCUUCUUCUUCUUGCUCACAGUGAAAUGCUUGUGCCUCUUACAUCAGUGCCUUUAUCAUUUAUUAAUAUGAAAGGACAUCCCUUAACAUAUUUCUUGUCUGAAAGUUAGAAAGUGGGACCAGUGACCUUCUGGAGUUCUUCCUGAGCACCACAAUGUGUGAUCAGUACUCUAAAUGUCUUCAACCUACAGACUGAGCAUUUGUCUGCAUUCUCUUUAUUCUUCCAAACAGUCUGUAGGUUUCUUAUUUCCUAUAUAGCAAAAGGCUGCAGUGGAACUUCAGCAGUUUACCAGAAUCCUUCCUUCUUCACUCAGCAAUUUCAUUCCACCAAGAGAUGCAGAGCUUAAACUCAAGGCUCAUCCAGAUCUCUUUCCAGAAGACUAUUCAAAAUAGGCAAAACAAGACUAUGGAUUGGGAAUGUACUUCCACAGAUGAAAGGUGAGGUUCUUUUUCCUUAAGAGGUUUUUUGGCUUUUUCUCUCAGUUAAUUUAUAUUUCUCCUCCCUCCACAAGCACAAAACUAGCUCAACUUACACUUGCCUACUGAGAAAAAAGUAUAGUGUUAUUAGUCUUAUUCUAUGCUUCUAUGCCCACCACAUUUUUAUGGUUCAUCACACUCUCUUCUUGAAUGGUUCUAGUAUACAAGUGAAAAAAUGAAGGCCUUUUUUCCAGACUCAGUGGCCUUAAUAGUAUUACCUUUCUCCCUGGAAUCUAGGAGGAGUUCUUUCCUCAUAAUUUAGGCCGCUGGUUUAGAUACUAAAACCAAAGCUAUGUUCUAUAUCUAAAGUGAAAUUAUGUUUCAAGAACAAAAAAAAAAAAAAAAUCUUAGCCUGAAUUGAAUUGCUUUGAGAAGUUAAACAGUAAUUUUUUUUACACUGAACAUUUGGUGGAUAAUUUAAAGAGAUAUGAUGGCCUACAACCCUGUCUAGCUAGGACUAAGUCCUGAACCAGGGAUGAAUAUUGUUCUGACAAUCUAGUUUACCUAGCAGCUCUUUCUUUAAAUGACUUUGGAUCAUGACUGACUUCAAGCACUUGGUUAGUUACUGCUGACAUUCCUCAAGUGAGAUAUCCAACAUCUGUGAUGAUGCAUUGCUUUCUACAGACUUUACUUUCUUUUGCUUUUCUUCUUUUGUCUUGGGUCCUCAAGCUGGUGGCUGUAUGCAUCUGGACUCCUCAAGGGUUUUCCUAAAAAAUACACGAAAUUAGAGAAUAAAAUUAAUUAUGAAAUUCAGUGCCUCAGAGAUGGACACCUGAGAAUUCUCUUCUUUCUACCAAAACAUUCAUUUUGAUCUUGUAAUCAUUUGCUGUUUAUAAAGGACAAGCAGAAGACGUGGUUGUGUUUAUUCAUAUGUCUAGGGAAAAGCUUUCUCAAGGACUGAACAAGGCAAAGCAGGCACUGAUAUCAGCCAGUAACUUGACGGAUAUUCUUUUAUCUGGGUAAGGAAUGGCUCUUGUCAUAGGAGACACAACAGCCUCUGGUGUCAUUGGAGCACCCAAUAACUUGACCUGGAGGCCUAAGCCAGCCUGUGGAGCUUCUUAUAGGGGAAUGCAGAUGCUCCCUUUAGUGUUUAAUACAGCCCCUAAUACUCUUCUAAAGUCUCUAUAACUUCUUUCAGCAGUGCUUGAGAGACAGGAAGCUGUACUGACACAAUAUAUUCUAAAAUACAAAGUAUGAUCUAUCCACAGUGAAGCUGGUGAUGGCUUGUUACUGAGACACGAUUACAAGUUUAAAACAAACCAGACCUGGUAGGUCUGAGCCAAAACUUUUCACAUUCAUUAAGACCAUUGACCAGAAGAGGGGUUUAAGUUCAAAUCAGCAAUAAGGAAGAUCAUUGGAUGAUAUUCUGUAAGAGUUGAUUAUCCAUUGUUUGGAUUCAAAACUUGUGGAGUGUAGAUUUGUAACUUAAGUACUUAAUGUGAGAUUUGUGAUUUACAUACUUAAAAUGAGGCCCAAAACAGGUAAAUGCUAAAAUUGUCAAAAUGCACAUUAAUAUAAAAUGGAUGAAGAGAACAAUACUGAUGACAUAUAUUUUAAAAACUACUGACAAAUGUGAAAUAGAGCAUGCUACAGAGUCCAUUCCAUGCUUACAGAGCUCAUGGGAUCCUCAAAAUGAAAGCAGCUGUGGAACUUUCGGAAAGCUGGUUAAAUAAUUGCAUUUGACAGUAUUACACAGGCAGCCAGGGAAGUACAGCACUGCCAGGCAGAGUGCUGCAGAGGGAAAAAAAAACAGAAUAAACUCCCACAAAACACUUCCUCUGAACAACAGUGGGAAAGCUGGUGCAGAGAUCACAGUAUCACACUCCCUUAUUCUCUUUUGCAGUCAUUCAGGAGUCCUGUGACUUUUUUGUCAUGCACAAUUACUUGUGAUACCAACCUUAAAUCAUGGACCAACCUGUGGCUACCCACAGGCCAUCACCAAACCCCCACAUAAUCCUGGUCUAAACUCUUAGUAUACUGCUCUCAAAACAUUUUUUUCCACCAUGACAACACAUGAUUUUUUUUUUUUAUAAGUGAGUGUAAUUUUAUUAAUCAAAUAAAUACAGCCAACUAUGUGCCAAAUUGAAUUUUCUUAUAGAACACACAAAAUUUUAGAUUUCUAAUUAUCCUUCCUUCCUAAGUUUUUGUUAGGGGUGUGUGAUUUCGUUGCUAGCAGUGCAGCUUGUGAUGUCAUAGUGAAAUGAAAGUACAAUUAUGUGCCCAAUGUGCCUUGAAUAAUACAGGUAGCACUAGUACCAGUAUGUCAUUCUAAGUUAGAUAGCCAUCCCAGUGAUCCCCCCAGACUGACCUAAUCAGAAAAGUCAAACACCCAUGUGCUUCAUCUCCUCAAGUUCUCAGACAAUGACCUUCUCUUCUGGAUCACAUCCAUUCCAGUUUACUUUGUGUUAAGAAGUAGGGCCGUGCGUCUAGAAUACUAUUUAUAUUCGUAUUUUGAUCCCAGCAUUUGUAUUUCUGGAUACAAAUAAAUACACAUUAUCAGAAAAUGCAA